AUGGGAAAUGAGAAAUCUAUCUUAGUCAAAAAGCUUCUGGAAGGAGUGUUCGACCUUGAAAAUCUCACGAAAAUUGUCGAGGAAGAGCAUGCGGAUGCCUUAGACGAGGCCACGAAUCGAACUGUUUUGUGGAUUGAUACAAGUUACAAAGCACUAGAUUACAAUCUUUCUAUCCAUGAGAUAGAGGAGUGUGCCACGUGGCAAAAGUAUUGGAAUUUGAGUGCGGAGGCAAAGGAGACAAAGGACAAGAAUGUGUCGGGUUCGAUGAAUGAAACUGAGGAAGUCGAGGACUUUGGAAAGGAGUUGAAAGAGAUGGAGGAUCUUCUGAAGCAGACGGAACUCGUGAAUUCUAAGAGUCGGUUGAAAGCGUUGGGGCUGAAUCCGGAGUUGCUGGUGGCUUAUAAGGCGGUCGGACUGGUUUAUCGAGAAAUCUGUGGUAAUCACGGGAGAACUCUUUGGUAUCGUACUCGAGAAGACGCGGCUCUGAUAGGUGUGGACUCGUUUUCUCCAAUUUGUGAGCCGUUUAAGGAGCAAUUGAAUCCCGAUGAAAGCACGUUGUCCCAACUCGCUUUGAAAUUGAAUGAGCUCAUUCAAAAUGUAACGGAUGGGAGUCAGCCAGCACUCAAAAGAGGUGGAAGUAAUGCCACGGAUACGGAUUCUGAGAUUCCGAAUACCACGAUGGCAGCUGAGAAGGAGUUGAAGGCGGUUACGAUGGAAGACUCCACGGAUACAAUUGAGCUGUUGCCAAGCUCCUCGGCUCCAGAGGCUACUCCAGUGCCUCGCCAUCAUCACCAUCAUCAUCAUCAUCAUCACCGACAUCAUCAGAAUCCUCAGGAGCCAGUGACCGAGCAGCCUUCAGCAGAAUCUCACGACUCCAUGACAUCAGAAUCUGAAUCGGUUUCCUCCGCCACAACUUCCCAUCCAAAUCGACAUCAAGAUUUAGACUAUGAAAUUCUUGACGAGGAACACGAGACAAAAGAAUUUUCUUCUGGCGUUCCUCCAGAAGACAUGACGUCUACAACCACGACGUCGUCGACCACUACGACAGAGGCGACGACAACCGAGGCGUCUUCUGAAAUCGAGGUGUACGACGAUGAUGUUUGGGAUUAUAAGGAUAUGGAAAAACGUUUCAAAGUCCGUCACCAAGUAGUUUUCGAUGGGAACGAGAUAGGAGAGGAUGACCUAGACUCCUCAUCAUUCCCCGGUAUUCAUAUGGCAUCUGCCAGAAAAAGAAGACGUCACGUGAUUCUGAAGACUAAAGUGAGAAGAAGAAGAAGGAAGAGAGAGGCUUCUGAUGAGGAGGAAGAGAAGAAGGAAGAGAAUGUAGUGGAUAUUCAUCAGGAGAGUGAUGAAAAUGAGGAUGAUUGGUUGAAUGUGCGUCAAGUCAUCAAAACUACCGACGGUGAGACUACUGUAGCUAUAAUCGAGGAGCGGAGUCAUCUUCUAGACGGGAAUUCCACAGAUGUGAGAGCCUGGAUAGAGAUUGACGCAUCCGAUAUUAUCAAUCCGACUCUCCUUAUUUCCUCCCCUGAAGCAGUUGCUGCAUUGGGGUUGGAAGUGGACACCACUGCAUUCCAAAGAUUUGAAAAUGUCGGAUUAUGGUUGCCGGGGAUAUGUUCGGAAUAUGUGCCAAAGGCUAUUGAUGAGUUUAAUAGUAGCAGUUUUGAGGGAAUCGAAAUCGAGGGUCCCAUUGGUGUCAAUAUCAGCGCCCUUGAGCUAGCAGGUGUCAAUUUGACAAGUCUCGCGGAUAAACUCAGAAAUGACACAGAGGUUGAUGAGAUCCUUUCGAGAACUAAUGGAUCUACAAAAAAUCUCGGUGGAAGUUUUAUCCUACCCGUGCUCAACAAAAAUCAGUAUGACCCUUUCUCCGCUCCGAUCGUUUUCCAAGGAUCCGCCGUGGUCGUUCGCUUUGGAAUCUAUAUAGAAUCGAUGAGUAAUUUUCAGACAAGUACUAUGGACUACGACAUGGAUAUCUACUUAAUGAUGUCUUGGCGAGAUGCGCGGCUGGUGAACCCCUAUGAUAAACCAAUAUUGGUAAAAGAGGAAGAUAUUUUGGAAAAGAUAUGGAGACCCGACCCGUUUUUUUGCAAAUGCAAAAGAGGCUGA